AUGGCCGCAGACCGAUGGAGCGGGGGAGACCCGGGCGGAGGGGAGGACGCGUGGGGGCGCGGGGAGGCGGAGAGCGAGGGCGUGUGGGAGCGCGUGGUGUACCAGGCGGACGACAGGGGCGCGCUGGAGCGCCUCAUGAAGCGCAAAGGCGCGGCGGGCGGACGAAAUGUGGCGGGACCCAAGCCUUUGAUUGGUGAACCACAAGCCGCUGUUGCUGCACUUGGAGAGUCAGCAGCGAACAGCAGGGACGUGUCAGGAGUGAAAUUCGGGUGGCCGGGUUUGGUGGCACCUGAUGCGGCAGGGAUAGGAGGAGGUGACACGUGGCAAAGGGCCAAGUGGGGGCUGCGGUGGUUUGACUCGCCCACUGCUGAUGACUGGGAGGACGGCUUCCCUGAUGACCACGUGGACGCUCACGGGGCAGCCCUCGCUGGCGAUGCGCUGGAGGGGGAGGAGGCACGGGAGGCAGUGCAGGGGGCAGUGCAGAAGGGGGGGGGCGAGGGGGAGGUCGGGCAGGGGCAGUACAGCCGGCGCGUGGCGGAGGGGCUGCUGGAGCGCCUCUCCUUCAUGCCCGCCCUCCAUGCGGACCCACCGCUGCCACCAAUGCAGCCCCCACUACUGCUGCCUGCCGCAUCGCCCCUGCUUGCACCUGUGCCCUGUGAGGCAGCCGCUCAGCCUGCGCCCCCCGCCUGCCCACCUGUACCAGCCCUCCCUCCCCUUGCUGCUCCCCGCCCUCCCUCACCACCAAUUGCACCCCCGGCACCACCUGCACCUGCUGCCGUGGGUGCGUGUGCCAUGGCAGCAGCAGCACCCAUCAUCCCGCGGACCACAGGUGGCAAGUCCGCGCCCAGCCUGGCCUCCCUGCUGCCUCCGCCUCUCCCCCAUCCCGCCUCCUCUUCCCCGCCCGUCAAGGCAUCGCAGGGAGGGCGGCAGGCGGCAGGCAAGGCUUCAGCGGGGCAUGCUUGGGAGGAGGGGCAGGGGCAUUCGGAGGGGGAUGAGCGGGAGGGCAGCAGGGGAGGAGGGGCGGUGGGAGGGUUGGCGCAGCAGCUGCUGCAGCUGACAGGCGCACCUCCGCCCCUUGCGCAUGGGGGGAAGGGGAGAGGCGGGCGGUACCGUGGGAAGAAGGACAAGAUCCGCGCCACAGCACCCACGGCGCCCACCAGCUCGCAGGCAGCGCCAGCAGCGGCACCCAUGGCACCCAUGGCGCUGCAGCAGCAGCUCUCACAGCUGCACGCGUCUCAGCAGCAGCAGGGGCAUUCCAGUGAGCAGUAUGAGCAGCGGUAUGAGCAGCGGUAUGAGCACGAGGUGCAGGCUGAGGCAGCGCAACCGCCGUGUUACCAACAUCAAUCUCAGCAGCAGCAGCAGCAGCAGCAGUGGGAGCAGGAUGGUGUUGGGGGAGCUUUCGAUGAGCAGCCCAUGCCGCCCGGCGUCCCCCCGCCGCGCACCUCACUCGCCUCGCUGCUGCCACCGCUCCCCUCGCCCUCGUGUGCCCCUCCCACGCCGAGAACACGUGCCACUGCCUCCACAGGGGGCAAGCCCAGAGGACCUGGCGCAGCAAGUCUGCCCUUCAAGUCGCGCCUGGCUCACCUGGAGGCGGCACAGCGCCAGCAGCAGCAGCAGCAGCAGCGCGGGGCACAGGCAGGCAGCGGGCACGAGGGAGCCCACGGCGCACAGGCAGUUCUGCACGCACGGGCAGAUGCAGGAGAGGUGCAUGCGCCCUGGGAUGGCAUGCGCAACUUGCAUGUGACUGUAACGAGCGUGAGCUUCGAGGGCCACGUGGCAGUGUGCCUAUGCCAGCAGAACCAGCAGCGUGCCACGUCAGCUGCUCCCUUGAGUCAGCCGGGCUUCCAUGCUGGCAAUGGUAUUGCGUGGGAGGAAGGAGGGGGAAGCAGAAGGAGUCACCUGGGCGGCACUGCAGAUGCUGGGGAUGCUGGCGGUGCUGCGAGUGGUGGUGGUGCAGGUGAAGCUACUGGCUCGUGGCGUGAGCGCUGGCGUGCAGGCGAUGCGAGUGCAGGAGGCGCAGACGACGCCUCUCCUCACAAGCACGCACAACCCUUCCUUGCAGUCAUCCCCACCAGCAGCACCACUCUCAACAGCUCCGCACCGUUUGCGGCCACUGCUACUGGCGCUGCUGCAACCUUUCCUGCCCCCAGUGCUUCCCUUGUGCCUGCCAUUCAGCCCGGCACUGCCAUCACCAUCCAUCCCCCCUGGUACCACCUUCCCUUGGUGCUGCCUCCCCCAUGGGGCCACACCCACGCUGUCUUUGCCACUCACGCUACGAACACUGCUCAUGCUGCUCCUGUGGGCUGCACGCGAGGCGCCGAGGUGCCACUUGUUGAGCUGGCAGGGGGGGGAGGGGCAACAGCUGACAAGGGGAUGCAAGUGGACGUGGGAGGGGGGUUGGCAGCAGCAUGGGGAAACAUGGGCUGCUGA